UUGAAAUUCGCUUAUUAUCAGGAAGUGUUUAUUGUAUCAAAACCACGUGAAAUACUGAUUGAAGCAGGUAAACGACAAAAAUAUCAACGAUUUCGACAUAAACAAUACGUUUGCGACCUUUGUGAAAGCGCUUUCACCUUGAAACACAAUAUUCAAGCUCAUUUAAUUCUUUACCAUCCAAAUAAUGAAGCUUACAAACAACGUAGACGUGGUAAACGCUACAGAUGCAUAAAAUGUAAAAUGAUGUUCCGAACUAUUCAAACUGCUCAAAGGCACCAAAGACGACAACAUGAAGAGCGAUUACGGCCAAAAUGUGAAACUUGCCAAAAGGAAUUCCUUAGCCCUUCACUACUUCGUGAACAUAUCGUUGUGAAGCAUUUAAAUUUGCGACCAUUUAAAUGUUCCAAAUGUUCGGCAGUAUUCGGUCGACAAGGUUGCUUACGCCGUCAUGAUAUGAUGCGUCACUUGAAUCAUGUUUAUACCUGUCCUUAUAAUUACUGUACUCAUGCUGGUUUCAAAUGUUCAAAAGCUUUGGCUGCUCAUAUCCGUUCCGUCCAUACACAUGUUCGCCCGUUUAAAUGUGACCAGUGCGAUAAAAGUUUUGUACGUCGUAACGAUUUGCGUGUGCAUGCUGAUAUCCACAAUACAUCACAAAUAUAUGCUUGCAAAACAUGUCAACAAACAUUUCAGCGGCGUAUUCAACUCCAGAAACACAUUAAAAAAGUUCAUGCCAUGACAAAUAACUGA